UCACACUGAUAACGUGACGUGAGUGGUUGACGAUGCUAAAUGGCAGCACUUGAAAUAGCCCAUACCUACUAGGCUGCUCUCCCACUUGCUGAUGCGACCGCGACCCCAUUUGUUGCGUUUCAGCACUGCGGCGCGUUGGACAGCUCCUCCGCUUUGCUUUUCCAGACAAUUUCUUGAGCUCAGUGGGCAGCGUCGCGCUUUAUUCGCUUUACCCACCAAUUACUUCUGGAUAACUUUUGAGGAACUCAAACGUUACAAUUACAGCGAAGGAAAUGGAUAUUGAUCGACCAGCAAAUGUCUCCUUUUUUGACUUCGUCGGAGGAGUCCAACUUCUCCGGGGAGAGGACACCAGGACGGCCAUGCCCGUCCUGCUGAUCGGGAUCUGCGUGUCCGGCGCGGUGUGUAACCUGCUGGUGUUGCUGAUCUUCAUCCGUGACUUCAGGAACGGAAGGGGCUCCGAGGUGAAAGCCCUCCUCGCCUCUCUGGCGUCCACGGACCUGGUGAUCCUGUUGCUGUGCGCACCCGUGCGCGCCGUCACCUUCUACAGCCAGACCUGGACCCUCGGCAGUUUCGCGUGCCGCACCACGGACUGGUUCCAGCACUCGUGCGUAGUUGCGAAAACUUUAAUCCUGGCUGCGACCACCAAAGCCAAACAUACUUUGAUUCCACGCGGCGCCGCCUCGGGGCCCCUCUACAGUCCGACGUGGAUCCACGGAGCCCUGGCGUUCAUUUGGAUAGUGUCCAUGAUGUUUCCUAUCCCGCAGAUGCUCUUCGCUACGCUGUUGCCGCGCGGCGCCGACUUUGUCUGUGUCUCCGAGAUGCCAGUGUGCGCCUCAGACUUCAUGAGUUUGUUCUACAAGAUCUACCCAACUGUCACGUUCGUGGCACCGGUCAUCUUCACGAUCGCGUACUACACCAAGACUCUGUACACUGCGGUGAACCACGCGCCCAGCCCGCGGCACCAGAGCAAGGUGGUCCUGGUUCUGCUGUGCCUCAGCGCUGCCCUGGGCCUCAUGCUGCUGCCCGAGUGGGGGACGUUCACCUGGAUAAGACUGGGCUACAACAAACCCCCGGUGGGGCUGAUGAUGUUCGCGCAGGUCCUCCUUUACGCAUGCAGCUCCCUGUCCCCGGUCAUCCUGAUGACCAUGUACGACGACGUGCGCCAAGGACUGGUUGCGAUCUGGUUCAUCGCGACCUGCCGGAGCAACAAGCGCGCACCUGCCAUAAAGUGCCCGCAGAACGAGGGGAACGGCGCGGAGCUAGGGGCGAACGCGGUGGGCAACGCCGUCUCACAGAUAAAGGAGGCGACCUUCCCCGACGUGGAGCACUUCUGGACAGGUCGCAGGAACACGCACGUAGAGGACGAGCACGAUCCAAUUCCGUGGGAGAAAGAGGAGAAGAUGUUGUAAUUGACUGGUUUUUAGCAGAAGAUUUCGGUUUGUUAUUGGCUGCUUUGUGGUGCGUCUACCCACCACUCAGACCCUUAUUAUAGGCUGUAGUGGCCAGUUUGGUAUUGUGAGCAUGAUUAGAUGAAACUUAAACUUGUGCACUAUCAUGUUUUGAUGUGGUACAGAGCCGGCCCAAGGCACAGGCGAACUAAGCAGUUGCUUAGGACCUCCACGCAAGCAGGAGGUCUGCAAAGAACACUCGAACCUUCACAAAGGUCAGGUUUAGGAGAGUUUUUUUAUUUAUUUUGGGGGUUUUUUUUGGAGGAGAGGACACGAAUUGACAAAUUUUGUUUGGCAGAUUUACACUUGUUAUCCUCAAUAUUUAAAAUGCUAAAUGUUAAUAAGUGUAGUCUGUACAAUCUUACUUUUAAUGGUAAUAAAAAUGCUG